UGCAGCCAUACAAAAAAAAAAAGUUACAGAAGUUAGCAGUGGUUAAAUGGCAAGUUCUUUUAAAAGGCCAAUGAGUUUAUUGGUUUUUAUUUAACUAGUUACCGCAGUCCCACAGGGUUUAUUCUUUAUCCUAGAUAGUUAAACUACGACAGGAAAAAAGUGUUAAACUGCCUCAGCGUAACAUGGCAGGACCUGAGCUGCUGUUGGACUCCAGUAUCCGUGUGUGGGUCGUGUUGCCGAUUGUCUUUAUCACGUUUUUAGUUGGAGUUUUGCGGCAUUAUGUCACCAAACUCCUCCAGAGUGACAAGAAAGUGGAGCUGGAACAGGUGUCUGACAGCCAAGUAUUAAUGCGUAGCCGCAUACUGAGAGAGAACGGCAAGUACCUUCCCAAACAGUCCUUUGCCAUGCGUAAGCACUAUUUCAACAAUGCAGAAACAGGAUUCUUCAAGAAGGUCAAGAGAAAAGUGGUUCCUAAAAAUCCCAUGACUGAUACCAGCAUGAUGACUGACAUGAUGAAAGGAAAUCUCACCAACGUCUUGCCGAUGAUUUUAAUUGGUGGCUGGAUCAACUGGGCUUUCUCAGGAUUUGUCAUUACUAAGGUUCCCUUUCCACUGACUCUAAGGUUUAAGCCCAUGCUGCAGAGGGGGAUUGAACUGGUGUCACUGGAUGCAUCAUGGGUCAGUUCAGCCUCGUGGUACUUCCUCAAUGUGUUUGGCCUACGGAGCAUGUACUCCCUCAUACUCGGACAGGACAACGCUGCUGAUCAGUCGAGAAUUAUGCAGGAACAGAUGACUGGAGCAGCCAUGGCCAUGCCACCGGACCCCAACAAGGCCUUCAAGAGCGAAUGGGAGGCUCUGGAGAUCGUGGAACACAAGUGGGCUCUGGAGAACGUCGAAGAGGAACUCAUGUCUCGAGAUUUGAAUUUUCGAGGCUUUUUCAACAAGAAUCAAGAAGGAAAAAUCUUCUGAUUGGAGUUUCAGCACUGAGUUAUAAAUGCCCACUGAUUGAUGGUAGUUAAUGCACUGUCAUGAACACAAACCUCACUAGAUUUAGUAUCUUAACCACGUUACUAAUUAUUCUUUCUAUGCUGGAUAAUAAUUUUGGUUGAUUUGACUCCUUCUGAUAAAUCUUUAAACGUCAAAACUGGAAGAAAAGUGGAAGAAAACUGGCUCAUACUUCAAAGGAGACUUUUUUUUAUUGUCUGCCUUUAAAUCCGAAGCCAAAAAUGAAGUAAAUAUGAGAUCUUUAGUGUAAUCUCAUGUAUGUUUGUUUAAAAUCAGUGCGUCUUAAUUAUUUUUUUGUGUACCGGUGGUGUAUUAAACCUCAGCUUCUACGUCGCCUUAAUUCAUUUCAACGUUAUAGCGUUAUAUUUGAGGUGUUUUUUUCUUUAUUUCAGUUACUAUUUUUGUUUCAUUCUUUCCUCAGAAAAAAUAUAUAUAGAUAUAGAGAUUGUUCUCUAAUGAGAAAUUGAACGUAGCAGAUAGGCAGAGUGUCACGUAAAAUAAACUUAAUAAACACUGCACAGCACUCUUCGGUGAUCUGGAAAUGAA